UGUUGACAUCUGAUGGAACGUGACGGAGCAAGCUCUAAUGUUAAGAGUGAAAAAACUGAAUAUUACACCAACUUAAACAAGAAUGUACCGACUUUUGGAGUCAGACACGUUCAAAUUAUUUUGGCCUUUCUUUUCCUGACGAUAGGAUAUGCAAUGCGGAGUAGCCUAUCUGUUGCUAUUGUUGCAAUGACUACCGACGUAUCAUCUAAUCCAGAUAUACCCUUCUACGACUGGGAUAAUACAAGCGUGAUCCUGUCAUCGUUCUUUUGGGGAUACAUUUGGUUACAAGUUCUUGCUGGCUACCUGGGCCGACUUUAUGGGAUAAAGUACAUCCUCCUAACGGCAUUCUUCAUAAACAGCGUGAUAUUUAUGCUGAUCCCUACUGGGGCUGAAUACCUCGGAUCUGUUGGUGUCAUGAUUUGCAGAAUUGGACAAGGGUUGUCCCAAGGCUUUUUGUUUCCUUCCGCCCACAAUAUUUUAGGAAGAUGGGCACCUGCGGAAGAAAGAACGCAGUUGUCGACAUUUGUUUACUCAGGUACUGCGUUGGGUCAAAUUUUUGCAUCCGUUGCAACAGGGUACAUAUCAUCAUCAUCGAUGGGUUGGCCUGGAUCUUUUUACAUUUUGGGGAGUACGGGAAUCGGCUGGUGUGUACUUUGGUGGAGUUUAGGUCAAGAUAGUCCCAGAUCUCAUCCUUAUAUAUCUGAAGAAGAAAAAACGUAUUUAGAAAACUCACUGGGACAAAAUAAGGAAAAAGAAGUAAUAGCUACCCCUUGGAAAGAAAUAUUCUCGUCAAGACCUGUUUGGGCUAUUUUUUUAGCAACCAUUGGCAAUUCGUGGGUGUCGGCAAUGUCCAUAACGGAAUUGCCAACCUAUUUGGAUAAAAUUAUGAACCUUGAUCUGAAAAUGAAUGGGAUAGUUAAUGGCGUCGCACCGGCUUUAUAUUUGAUUCUCUGCUUUGUUUGGGGAAUUAUUGCUGAUUACGUCAUCGGCAGAGGUUACAUCUCUACAGUAACUGCACGAAAGAUGUCCGAAAUUAUCGGCAACGUUGGUCAUUCGGUAUGUCUGAUAGCCAUAUCGUACCUGUCUCGGGCACAUUCGUAUAUAGCAGUUGCCAUAUUGCUGUCGACCAGUAUAUUUUCAGCCAUCAAAACCAGUGGUUCGCAAAUAAACCACAUGGACUUGUCUCCUCGAUUUUCAGGAGUUCUAAUGGGAAUCGUCAACUCCCCGUCUCAGACUAUCGCAAUUUUUUCGCCUCUUUUAGUGCAAUUCAUUGUCGCUGAUCAGAACGAUGCGACUCAAUGGAGAACAAUAUUUAUAGUUUGUGCUGCAAUCUCUAUUUUUACUGCAACUUUGUUUUUCUUUAUGGCUUCAGCCACUCGUCAGUCGUGGGACGGUCCUAUAGAUAAAGCCAUACAUUCCGAAAGAGUUAAAAAGGCGUCUGUGAUAAGCAUCAGCACAAUGUAACUUAAGGCACAUGCAUCUAUUUAAAUAAAACGAAAAAUUACAAUAACGAAUAAUGUCGGUUUGAAGCGAUGGAUACUGAUCGACGUUGAUUUUUUAAACCAAUGAAAUGGGACAUUAGCAAGAUAAUGGCCCACUGACUGUCUUUUCACCGUUCAAAACAGUUCGAGACAGCGGAGGGAAUUAAUAUAAAUAAAUAUUGUUUAAUUCCUGCAAUAGUAAUAUAAUAAAAUAGUUUUAAUAAGUACAUGUAGAUAGUUUUAUAUUCGACUUUUUUUUCUUUCAAUU